AUGCAGAAAACGAAACGAAGAAAAGGUCGUGUCUGGGUUAAACCAUGGAUUGGUCGUCGACCUACUUUGGGUGCUUCUGCAAAACUUUUACCAGAACUCGCAGCAGAAGAUUCUGCAAGCUAUAAAAACCAUUUACGAAUGACUAAGCAAAAUUUUGAUAUUCUUCUGGAUUGUGUGACGCAACGUAUUAUAAAAAUGAAUACCCACAUGAGAGAUGCGUUAACACCACAAUUAAAAUUGGAAGUAACAUUAAGAUAUCUCGCAACAGGAGAUUCUUUCGCUUCAUUGCAAUAUUUGUAUCGUGUCCCAAAAUGCACAAUUUCAAAUUUUAUCUCUGAAGUUUGCCAAGCCAUUUAUGAUGCGUUAAAAGACAUUAAGGUGACAAGCUCUGAACAAAAAUGGAAGCAUAUUAUUCAAGGAUUUUCCACACGGUGGAAUUUUCCAAAUUGUGCUGGAGCUUUAGAUGGAAAGCAUAUUAUAUUACGAAGUCCUUUCCAUUCAGACUCAGAAUUUUACAACUACAAGGGAACGUUCAGUAUUUUACUCCUUACUUUGUAA